UCUCUGGCCUCUUCCAUCCCACGCACUACACAUCAAGCGCACACGCAGACGCUGUGAGCCCUGUGGCCUACGGGCGUCGCUUCCACACUGCCAGCCAUUACUGCCAGCCCGUCCCCACCUGCCCCACCGGGCCCGACGAGCACGCCAGGGGGUCUUGCGCUGCAUGGACCGCCGCGGCGGCUCGCCCACGGCGGAGCGCCGCCGGGGGAUCCGGCGCCUACUGCUGGCGCGGGGUGAGGCGUCCUCCUACUCACCGCCACCGCCGCCGUCGCCGCUGCCGGCGGAGGAGGGGCGGGUGAAAGGGUUCGCCUCGGCGGCGCUGCGCGGGCUGGGGUGCACGUCGGCGGCGGCCUCGCAGGCGUACGCGCCGGGGACCGGGGCGGGAGCAGCCGCGGCGGAGGUCGUGCGGUCGUCGGCGGACUGGCACGGGCGACGGAGGAGGAGGGGGAAGGAGAGGAGGAAGGAGCGGGGCAGCGGGGGAGGGGGAGGCCUUGUGAGUGGGGGGAUCGGCGCCGACGUGUGGUGCGCUCCCGGGAUACCCUUCACCGCGGAGGCGUCGUCGGUGGACUGCGUGGUGACGCGGCACCAGAUGGUGGGGAGGGGCGGCCGCGGCGGCGAGGGGGAGAGAUCCCACAGAGAGAGGCCGUGCUUGUCCCGGAGGGUCACCGUGCAGGAGCAGAUAUCCUCGUCCUUCAUGGACUCGCCGCCGCCGCACAUCGACUCCCCGUUCUUCGGCGCCGAACUCAUCCCCUCCGGCCGCCACCGCCGGAUGCGCGGGUACCGCCACUCCCCCGGAGGCCUCGAGGAAGAGAUCAUGAUAUUUCAAACAAGAGUAUUGCUGGGAGGAAUGAGUGUGUACGAUCGAUACCAGGAUUGGCGCCUUGAUGUCGAUAACAUGACAUACGAGGAGCUGCUCGAGCUUGAAGACAGGAUUGGAUAUGUUAACACAGGGUUGCGUGAGGAUGAGAUUACUCGCAGCCUUAGGAAGGUCAAGCACCCAGCCUUCGGCUCUUUCCGAUUCGCAAAAGAAAUGGAAAGGAAAUGCAGUAUUUGUCAGGAAGAAUUUGAAGCAAAUGAAGAAAUGGGAAGGCUUGACUGUGGCCAUAGCUAUCAUGUUUACUGCAUCAAACAGUGGCUCUCUCAGAAGAACACUUGCCCAGUUUGCAAGACUGCGGUCAACAAGACAUGAAAUCCAAACUCCAAGCCAUAUUGUGGCUAUCUGUAUAACCUGGUGAAAUUGAAAAACUAUGUUGUCUUGUACAGGCCGUUACAUAUGCUAUUGUAUAAACGCAUCAUCCAUUCGUUUGCAUUUGCAGAUAGAAAUGCCGUAUUGUGGCCAUCUUUCAUCAAAUCUAUUGGUUCUGACA